AUGGCUUUGCAGAUCUUUCUGUUUCCUCGCGCCAGAAGGCGCCUCUUGUCCCGGCGAUCUGUUCAUCUCGCUUCUUCGCCGGUCUGUCCCUCGCCCCCUUUCUCUGUCUUGCCUCCACCUUCCCCUGCUUCUUUACCCUCAUCGGGCAUGUCUUUUUCCCUCUACACAUGGUCUUCUCCGUCAGUCGUCUGUCCAACCUCUCCUUUUUCCCCGUCGUUCUCUUCCUCCCUUUUCUCUCAUUCUCGUUCUUCGCUCUCCUCGGUUUCUUCCUCUCUGCGUCGCUCGCCGACCCUGUCGAGUCUUUCCUCAGCUCGUGCGUCGGAGCUGCUCUCUUCGCGCCCUCGGAACUGCGCCACAGAACCACCCACUCAGAGCGUGGCGGGCGACCUGCGCGGCUGCAUGCGUUUUCUUGGCACAGCUGCGGGAAGGGAGACAGGAGCCGCAGACAAGCCGCCGACGUCCAGAGCGCCGGUCUCCGAAAAAUACUGCGAAGAACCGCGACGCGAGAAGAAGCGAGAAGUCCUUCUGCUCCACGUUCUGUUCAAAGGAGGACCACGCGGUCACGUGAAAGGAAUGCGAAGGAAGACCAAGGAGGAGAUUCUCUGGGAAGUGCGAGAGGCGAUCGGCUUGGCUCGAGCCGCCAACUGGCGAGUCGUUCGAGGCCCGGGCGCCACGGAAGACAGCGAGGGCCGGAGCUGGCAGCGAUCUCUGUGGGAGGACAAGGAAGAAGAAAGUGCAUGCGCCUCAGAGGGAUCGAGCGCCUUUCUUGCUGAGACUGAAGGACCUGCCGGGGCGAGGCGCCCAACCAAGGACUCGCGAGGGAAUCGCGAAGAAAACGGUGACGUGAAAGAAGAAGCGCGUGCAGUGUCGAUAGCGCUUGAGCACGAGGCUGGGGGAAACGAGGUGAAACGGAUCGAAACUGAGCAAGAACGAAUUCGCGAACAGGAAGAAGAGCCGCAGACGGGAGGAAACACAGAUGCUGAGAGCCUGCAGGAGUACGCGGGGCCUUCGGGGGGUGUCGAUGGCACCGCGGCGCAAGCAGAGAAGGCUUGUUUUGCGCAGGUUCCAGCUGAGACGAGAAGGAGGAAGGAGAAGCCACAGAAGAGAAGAAAUGCAGCAGAAGAACAAGAGCUCGCACUCGCAGAGAGCUGCGUAGUUGUUGUUCGGCAAGAAAACCCACAGUUCCUUUUCGGGAAAGGAAAGCUGCAGGAAAUCGUUUCCUUUUUCAGCAAGCGACCGACGCCCUUCGUCUUCAUAAACUGCAGCAACGCCUUCACGUCCAUUCCUCUUCCAGAGAGUUUGGCAGAGGUUCACUCUCAGGGUGUGGAUGUCUCUGCUGCUUCGAGUUCUUCUGACUGCGCUUGGGAAUCUUCUCGGCCAAGUGCUUCUCCACCCGGACGUGACACCCGUUCUUCCUCUUCGUCUUCUUCGUCUUCUUCGUCUUCUUCGUCUUCUUCCUCUUCGUCUUCUUCGUCUUCUUCGUCUUCUUCCUCUUCGUCUUGUGGAUCUUCGCCGCUGUUCGGUCAGUAUGGGUACUACAGCAAAAACAGGUCGAUUGCGGGGAGACUGAUGAUGAGCUCGAGCAACGACAAGACCAGUGCGGGUCUGCGCCCCGUUCAACUCGAGUAUUUGCAGCAGGCGUUCGAAGCUUCGCUCGCGGGUGCAGCAGCUGAAUUCGAAGAGCGAAGAAGAAGAGAGCGAGCAGAAGACCCAGCGACAUCCCGACGCGUUGGUAUCUCCUGGUCAGCUCGCGAUGCAGAGAGCGAAGGUGAAGACGAAGAAGGAGACGAUCAAAAUGAUGGAGAUGAAGAAUAUGAAGAUGAAGAAUAUGAAGAUGAAGAAUAUGAAGAUGGAGAAGAGGAGUGUGGAGGAGAAAGGGGAUUGGAAGAGGAGGUGGAAGGCGACUCAGAGGACGUCGCAGAAGAGAAGGACCGGGUUGCCUUGUGGCUCAGACGGCGGGAAAAGGUGCAAGUUGUGGAUCGACAACGCGUGAUUCUGGAGAUCUUUACCUCACAGGCACGGAAUAAAAAAGCCAUGCUUCAAGUCGCUCUGGCCCGAGUCGCCUACCUCCGUUCGCGCCUCCUGUCCGGCUCUGAGGUUCGCCGCCGACAGCUCUUCGAGUUGAUCUAUGGCGCCUCCAAAAUUCGGGGCUGUGCCCCUGGAACACAGGUCACACAGUGGCUCGGCGAAGUCACGGAACAAUACAUUCCUUCCCCGCGAGGCCCAAAGGAAGAUUUUGAGAGGCAGUAUGUCGAUUCUCUCAUGAAGCGCCUGCGGGCACAAGUUGCCCAGGAAGCGGCAACUGUGGAACACCAGCGCCGGGGUCGAUCGGGACUGCCUUGUCUGGCACUUGUGGGGUACACGAACGCAGGGAAAUCGAGGUUGAUAAAUGCACUGACGAAGAAUGGACAACUGCGAAGUGAAGAUCGCCUUUUCUGCACGUUGGACACAAAGAUGAAGCACCUGCGACUGCCGAACGGGUCCAAGUGCGUCCUCAUGGACUCCAUAGGUUUCAUUCAGGGCCUUCCCCUCUCCCUCUGUGGAGCGUUUCAGGCGACGCUGGACGAGCUGCUCCACGCCGACAUUCUUUUGCAUGUAGUGGACGUGAGCCAUCCCAUGUGGCAGCACCAGCGGCGAGUGGUGCUGCAGGCGCUCUACCAAAAUGCCAAGACGGUGGCGACGAGGAGAAAGUCGGGAGAAGAACAGAUCCAGAGCCGCGAGCUUCUGCGACAACAGCUGCAGGCGCCGUUGCCUGCAUUUUCGCGCUGCUUUCUGGAGGGGGGCGAAAACGAGGAGGGUCGAGAGGGCGAGAGACCGAAGAGCCUGAGUCUGCUCCACGCGGUCGACGCAGAGCAGGCAUUCGAAGAAACGAAGCUCGUGGAAAGAGUGAUGGGGAACACUCGUAUCAUAGAAGUCUGGAACAAAGUCGACCUGGUGGAAAGCGACAGGCGCAUGGCCGCCAUUGCGCGACUCGCCCCUCUCAAUGCUGUCCUCGUCAGCGCAGAAGACGGCACAGGACUCGAUCUCUUGACGCAAUUGCUCCAAGAUAGCAUUGCACAAACACGCCGAGCUAAGCGCGUUCGGUUGGCCAAGGUGGAGUUCCCCGCGGAACACGCGCAAGGUGUUUUUUCCUUCAUCACUCAGCACUGUCAGGAGGCCACAUGCGAUACAGCGGACCCAGACUCAUCGACUGGGCACGAGGGAAACACACAUACUCUCGCCAGUUCUUCGUCGCAGACAGACAACGCGAAACUGAAAGGUUCUGCGGUGAACCAGAGCCACCACAGAGCCGCCCGCCGUAUGUCUGUACACGUUCGAGGUGGGGCAGAGCAGUUUCGCCAACUGUUGAAGCGGUUCCCCGCCUGUUCGGUUGUCCUUGUGGACGACGACCAGGCACGCUCUAGAGCGCUCUGUUGUGAGAAUGAAAAGUCACCGUAGGUUGGAGUGUUGUAGGCAGCCAACGCGCCUCCGUUUGAGCGGCAGUUUCGCCAAACGGAUGGCUCAACGCGAAGCCUGUGCAAGGGUCUUGCGAUCGAGAGUUAGUUCACUGCGGUGUCUUUUUUUCCUGUCUUUCUGGAAGCCGAGGAAAGGAAUGCGACGGCGUUCGCCGCCCGGACGGUCCACUCUGGUCUGGCAGGUGUGCGUUUCGAGUGUAACGUGGCUGAGAGCCAAAGAGCCUAUCGCAGCGACACAGAAGUCGCACUUUUUUCCUCGCGAGUUUCACUUAGGGAAAACACUAGCAAUCCGGUGUGGCGGCAAGCAGCCACUUGACACAUAAUACACAAUGAAGAGAAUCAUCGCGUUUGUA